ACAAGUUUCACUUCAUGGUUGUGGGCUUUUUGGGAUGAACAGACUCCCUUGGAGAAAACAGGCAGAAACAACCGAUAUUAUGGACCAGAGCUAGGAUCACCGGUCAUCGGGAUAAUCAGCAACCCCAGCAUCAAUCAACUGACUGAAGCUGCCAUGUGAUUUCAAGACAGGCAAGGCGUGGCUGACAGAGCGAACCUCCCACCCAAACAAGCAUUAGAGAAAAGAAAACAAGACGUCGGGGAUCGGGAAGGCCUGACAGCGGCAGCUCCCACAAUGGGCGGGUGUUCCCAAUCAGCUACGGUUUCUCCCUCUUCUCUGUGUGCCAUCUUGCCAACAGUUGCGUUCACUUGCCUUACUCUGCGCAGGAGCAAACAGAAUCCUGGGCGGGGCUGCCCAAGGUGCACCCGCUCAGCCAUCCACUCGCUGUUCCCGUCUCAUCCAAACCCUCCUCACCGCUUUGAGGAGAGCGAAAGGCCACCGCCAUCACCAUCAUCACAGAGGACAUGGAUUCUCCAGAGUCACCCAAGAAGUAAGUCAGGCCGAUUUCAGAUGGAUUCUCUGUCGCUCCAGGCCGAAACCGAGUGUUAGACAAAGAUCCAGAGCAGGGGGGCAUGAGAAGACUUCAUUUCAAGUCGCUGCCGUUAGGGAGGUAUUGCAUUAUCUCCAGCAUGUGGCCACAUCUGAUGCUAACACAUUGGACAUGCAGACCUCCUUCUCUCCAGUCCCAUCCAAGCUGUUCCAGGCAGCACAGGCAUGCUCCUUCCAUCCUGAGCAGAAGGACGGAACAUCGGGAGGCCGGGGACUCGACGGUUCCCAAGAGCGGAGCCCCUCGUCGCCUUCGCCCUUUCCCGCCCCAGACAAGACCGAUAUCUCUCGUUCCAUGUGCUACUGCCUAACCUGACGCCAUUCUCGGGCGACGUUGAGGAACUUGUCCCGCUCCAGGUUCCAUCGCCCCUUCCACUUCAGUUCAGACACCCUGAUAGAUAUGAGGUGGCAGGCAGAAUGCGGAGAUUUUCUCUCGAGUCUCGCUGAUCUCAGGGGUGUUCCUGCUAUAUCUGUCCUUGUUCCUCAUUUCGCGGGUCCGCCGUCUCCCGCUUCCCUCACCCGCUCCUUCCCCCCAUUGCCUCCUACUCCACCUUCCAGCCGGCUUUUGUCUUCUCGUAUCAUUUCGGCGGCCUUCUGAUCGUUCCUCGCCGGGGCUUGCCUAGGUAUCAUUCACCCCCUCCCACAUCAUCACCAUCGAUAGGGGCAGAGGAACAUACCCCGAACACGUCGUUCAUUCUUGAAUCUCUGCCAGCACCGCUAGGUCAACAGAUCUUCGAAGAAUCGAAUCUCAAACUUUGUUCUACCAUACCCUUUUAUUCUUUGCUAUGUCAUAGUUCAUGACUUUGCCGCAUGCUUUGCUUUGCCGUACCAAUCAAGGAUAGACACCAGACCCUCUCGUGCAUCCAGCCUGCCCCGAACAAGUAUAGCUUCUCUCACGAGCUGUUUCUUGUAGGGGUGAAGUUUCAUCAACCACAUACCGCCGAGUGUCAGGCCCCCGACAGUCUUGCUUCCUCACAAGGAUGAAGGCUUCAGCCGUGGUUGUUGGCCUUGCUUCGGUCAUUACCAUUCUCAAUUCGACGCCUCUCACAUUGGCUCGUGAGGAUGGCGGUCUGUGGUCACGUUUCAGACGGGCAGUUGGACUCCCUGCUGUUCCCGAGGUGGGAAUAUCACAUGUGAGCUAUGAGCGUUUGGUGCCUAGGCAAGAUCGAGGAGAGGAUGGUGGGGAUGGUGGUGGAGAUGAUGGCGACGAUGAGGAUGGCGAUGAUGAUGGUGAAUGGACGGAUGAUGGUGGUGAUGAUGAUGGUGACGGUGUCGAUGAUGGUGAUGAUGGGGAUGAUGGAGAUGAUGGGGAUGAUGGGGAUGAUGGUGAUGAUGAGGAGCCACUGGGAUAUGGGCCCCCUCCGCCACCUGUUUCAACUACCAGUGGGGGGUAUGGCUACACUACGCCUGGAAACCCUUAUGACACCACUGGUUCGAAUGAGCCGGCGAAGACGACAUCGUCAAAUGCGUACACUUUCACCACUCCAAGCUCGACUGGGGGGUAUACGUUUUCGACGUCCAGUACGGAAUCUUCCGAGAGCACGUCUCCUUACCCUAUUACAUCGACUACCUCGGGCGUGUCUUCCACAUCUACGGAGGGCACCCCUACGUUUACGACAAGUUCGGAGACAUCAGCCAGCGCAUCAUCUUCUCCGAGUGUUACGCCUUCUCUCGGCUCCUUUUCGGUGACAGGGUCGCUUCCACCUGAAUCGUCAACAUCUGUCUCGAUUACUAGCUCUGUGUCGUCUAGUGCUUUGACCAGUACAUUGUCUGGAUAUUCAACUGGGCCUUCGAGUAAGAGUCCUUCUGCUUCUUCCGGUGGCCCAACAUCGAGCACAGGCUCAGCAUCGACCGGGAUCCCUACCGGCAGCAGUUCCGGGACUUCUUCCGUGCCAUCAUCUGUUUCUUCGGUCACUAGCUCGGUCUCAGGUCCAAGUUCUGUUCCAAUCAGUCUUUCAAGCACAUCAGGGGCUAGUUCCAGUGAGGUACAAACUGCAGCAUCCAGUCUUAGCAGUGGCUCGAUAGAGCCAACCGGGUCUUCAACAACUUUGAUCAGCUCAUCUAUAGUCGGGAGUACAGAAACGACCACGCCGGGCACAGCAACGACGGCUGCGACCACAAGCUCUCCGGUGUCACCAUCAUCCACUUCUCCUAAUGAGACGUCGAGUAGCACAACGGCCGCAAGCGAAUCUCAGUCAACAAGUGCUUCUGCGGUGCUGACAACAACCGGGACUGUGACACUGACAGCGACUGGUACAUUUAUUUCGAUCUCAGGUUCAAUCUCCAUGGUGUCGCCGAGCACCUCGACCUUGUCUACCGAGUCCGCUUCUGAGACGCCAAUAAGCACUGGCAGCAGCCGCACUGGGACCGCCGCUUCAUUGUCGACAAUCUCUGUUGAAUCGUCAAGUUCUCUUUUGACUAGCGAAACAGGAGGCUAUCCUACGUCUUCGUCAGGCCAGCCCUCAGGAUGGAACUCGACAGCCACAACCGCCCCAACUGGGUCCGGUGGAAGCUCUACGGUUCCAGGUGCCAAUACAACACAGAGUGAAAUCUCUUCUGUCACUCUUACGCCAUCCUUGACUGGCUCAGUCUCGAUCAGCACAAUUUCGCUCGGAACUUCUUCGUCAGUACUCAGCAGUUUGACCAGCAGCAUUCCCUAUGUCAACACAACAACUGGUGGUGCAUCAGUCACAACAUCGUCGUUGCCAUCGUCAAACAGUUCAGUAUCAGUGCCAGAAUCUAGCACUGGAACUUUGCCGUCUACAAGCACUACACCAUACGGAUAUAACACCACGUCUUCAACAACGGGAGUGGAGGGUUCAGUAACUGCUACAUCCUCGUCAUCGGCAGGUCUCUCGACCUCGACCUCUUCGGUUCCGGUUCCAACGACAUAUCCUUAUACCAACAGCUCCUUGCCUUUAAGUGGAAGCUCAACCGCCUCUGAACCAUUUGCACCCUUUGGUCCUGGAACGUCUCGCCCUGCAACAACAUUGGGACGCUCAUCUUCCUUCUCAAAUGUGACUGGCACUUCAACGUCUGGAGGAUUGCCUUCAACAUCUUCAUUUGCCACUGUAACAUCUUCGUCUUCAGUCUCAGUGACAACACUGCCUUCUGGAUCUGGUACCAGUUUUGGUUCAGCUGGUCCAACUGGCUCAUCUUUGCCACCAUUCCCGUCCGGCAAUUCGAGCUCCAGCCUUCCAGGCUCCGCUGGUCCCAGCACAUCUUAUCCAUUCACCACGCCAGGAAAUGCCACCUCGUCUACCGUGUCAAGCACAAGCAGUAGUACAUUGCUAUUUCCAACUUCAUCGACUGGAUCCAUCCCACUUGGCACCGCCACCUCUUCGCAACCGGGCACCUUACCUACAACUUUUGCGUCUGGGACCAGUGUUACAAUACCAUUUCCAUUUCCAAACUCUACAGAAUCCGGAGGCAGCACCAGCAUUGGAAGUAACGGCCCUGGUCCAACGCCAUCAAGCUAUGGGACAUCAAUUGGAAUCUUUUCUGGGCUCUCCAGCGUGCCAACCGUGGUAUCUCCCUCGUCAGGUUCGACUAGCCUUGUGGGCACAGAGACCUCUGGUUUUUCAGUGUCUGCUUCGAGCUUCGGAUCAUCGUCAGUGCCUUAUCCACUUCCAAACAGUACUAUCAGCUCUGGUGACACUGUGCCUGGGUCAGGGGUGGGCUCUUCAGCUGCAACCCUAUCAUCUGGAUUACCUGUAAGCUCGCCGUCUCUGUCGUCUAACGGCUCUGUGCCUGUGAGCUCCAGUAGCCCUGGUGUGCCGACAAUUCCACCGGUGCUGUCGUCUUCGCUUCCAUUUCCUUUGCCAAAUAGCACAUCAACCGUCGCUGGUCCUGGUACUGGUAGCUCGCCUACUGGGACGACACCCCCUAUCAACACGCUUUCGACCCUCACACCUACUGCGUUGCCGACAACAUCGGCUCCAUAUCCUACUGGAAAUACUACAGUCCCAUCUGCGAUCCCCGGCACGAGCGGUGCACAAACAAGUACGGUAUCCGAAGGCAUCUCUUCUUUGACGGGCAGUCUUUCGCCGUCUGUUCCUUUUCCAUUGUCAAACUCCAGCUCAUCAAGCUAUUACUUUCCUACGGGCACUGGUUCUUCUGGAGCAUCAUUGCCACCAAACUCUUUAUCUUCUCUGUCCUCAACUUCAUCUGGUGUUCCAGGAACAAGCGCUCCGUCUGUCUCGAGCCCCAACGGCACCUCACUAACAUCAAGUGCGCCGUACCCAACCGGGAACUUCACCACGACGCCAAAACCAACAGGGAGCUCUGGUCUACCAUCAAGUCUUUCAACAUCAACCCCGGGCUCUCUUCCUUAUCCAUUUGCAAACUCUACCACCAUCGUCGGUCCUUCGGGAAUAAACCCGAUACCCGGGACCGAGAGUUCACUGACUGUGCUGUCACCUGGAACAUCAAGUGGAACAGCACCAGCCGUGUCGACUGGAAGCGGAACGGCAUCAUAUCCUUGGAGCAAUUCGACUGGAGUAACAAGCGGACCAUCAGGAACAGGCUCAACGUCUGGCACCGCAAGCGAGACUUACAUUCCGUUGACGAAUAUCACAGCCUCAAUCUCGGGGACAGAAAUUGUCACAACUGCAUCAUCGAGCGGAACUGCACCGUCCGGUCUUGCAUCUUCAGCCAUUGGCACCUCGUCUGUGCCAUAUCCGCUCACAAACACAUCUGCUUCGUCCCCGGGCCCAAGCUCGCCUGGGACUAGUCCCAUCGGCCCUACCAGUUCUGGAAUAUUUGGAAGCACAGUCACGAACUCUGUCCCUCCUUUCCCUACUGGCAAUUAUUCAGUCCCAUUUGGUACAGUCACAGCCCCAGGUAGUAUCAGCACGGGCGGCUUCUCAACGCAGCCAACGGCUUCAUCCAGCUCGGUAGCUAGUCCAGGACCUUCCUAUCCCCUGGGAAAUUCAAGCACGAUAAUUGGACCAACCGGAUCAGGGUUCUCAAGCGGAUCGAGUUCUUUAUCAACGAGCUCUUCUGGCCCUUCCUCUAGUUUGCCUCCUUUUCCACAGUCGAAUUCAUCAUCCACUCCACCGACAGGCUCCGGACUGCCAAGUGGUGCCAUCCCCUCGUCUGGUUAUGGUUCCUCGACCGUGCCUCCCUUCACAUUCACCAACUCUAGCUUCACUGCAGAGCCCACUGGUGCGCCAGGGUUAUCUACCGGGGCAACUGCUUCAUCUGGAUCAACAAUUCCUUCUCCCUCCGGCAGCUCGACGAGUCUCCCACCCUUCCCACUGCCCAAUUCUACCUUCACAUCAGCGGCGACAGCUGGGACUGGCGCUUCUAGCCAAACAGUCCUCACAACGGGAACAGGAUACCCAGCAUACUCUCCUGCGAGCCCUCCAUUCUCCUUGUCAAAUGCUAGCUCCACUUUGGGACCGACAGCCUAUUCGAGCGAUAUAGUGCCAUCACCAUCCGGAACAGGCGUGAUUGGGUCUUCAUCGGGUGUUCCUUCAAGUCUUCCCCCAUUUCCGACAACAAACACGAGCUUUCCUCAGGGUUCUACAAGCGCACCAGGAUUGUCCACGGCGCCUACAUAUUCAGGAACGGGUAUCUUCUCUAUUACAACUGGAUCCUCUUCCAUCACACCACCAUUCCCAACCUUAAACUCAAGCUCGGUACCCACAGGCUCAAGAGGAACUUCUGUUCCCGGGGUAGCCUCUUUCAGCACUGGGAUCAGUAGUGUGUUGCCUGAAAGCUCUUCUGUCGUGGCCCCAUUCCCAACUACCAACGGCACUACUUAUCCUGUACCUACUGGCACAUCAAGACCCUUUAGCACCGGAGUUUCAAGCUCAACGCUGCCGUCUACCGAAGCACCAUUUCCGUUCCCCAACACGACGUUCCCUGUCGGGCCAAGUGGUACAGCACCCGGACUCUCAACCUCGGGAACCGGGAUUUCUUCCUUGUCACCAUCAUCCUCUAGCCAGCCACCUUUUCCACUACCAAACUCUACUGUUCCGGUAUUCCCCAGCAGUGGCACUGCGGGUCCGUCGCCAGAUACUGUGACAGGUGUUACUAGUUCAAUCCCACCGAGCUCGGCAUCUGCCCCAUACCCGUACUCAAAUACGACAUCGGCACCUGGGCCAAGCGGUUCAUUACCAGGGACAGGAACGGUUGUGCCGCCAGCAUCCGGGACAGGUGGCACCUGGGUUUCCUCUCUUUAUCCCACGAGCAGCACUCCAUACCCAGUCGGCAAUACAACCACGCCUUUAUCAACAGGAGGAGUCACUGGGGGAACAAGCAUUCCUGUGAUUGAGUCUUCCAGCGCAGCACCAUAUCCUUACCCGAACUCGACUACCCAUGCUAUCACGACUGCCGGUGUGACAGGGACAGGCCCCAGUCUCACUGCACCGUCUAGCACAGCACCAUAUCCUUUGUCGAAUGUGACUUCGCCUAUUCCUACUGGGACUGCCGGUACUGGGACGGCUCUUUCAACGUCUCUCUCCACUGGCAUCGCGCCUUAUCCUUAUCCAAAUGGCACCAUUACAACCCCAUUCGGCGGUUCUACCGGUGGCUCUAGUAGUGGGACAGGGAUCUCAUCAGCGCCUUUGAGCAGCAGCGCACCUUAUCCCUUGACAAAUGGGACGGUGACUGGGUUAACCAGCAGUCCUACCGGAGGGCCAACAGGGGGAACUGGAUCAUCUUCUGCUCCCUCUAGUAGCAGCGCGCCCUAUCCUUUCACAAAUGACACCACUAUAGGACCAUUUAGCGGUCCAACUGAAGGAACAGGUAGUGGAUCUGGGCUUCCGACAACGAAUGCCCCCUAUCCUUUGACGAAUGCCACAUCUUUCCCAGCCGGCACUGGCUCAAUAGGACCCUCAUCCGGCCUCCCAACCACCAGCCCUCCAUACCCGCUUCCAAACUCAACUGUCACCACCGGUGGUAGUGUCCCCUCAUCUGGCCUACCAACGACCACUGCGCCGUACCCGCUCUCGAACACCACAUCUUUUGGGCCUGCUAGUGCCACUGGAGGGAUAAGCACCUCUUCAACUCUUUCAACAACUGUUCCGCCAUUCCCAUUGACCAAUGCCACAACGACACCGAUUCGUACAGCCACCGGGGGCACAGGCGUAUCAUCGAGUCUGUCUACGAGUAUUCCACUCUACCCCUUGCCCAAUAGCACAUAUACCCCAGCGGAGAGCGGAACUGGAGGCACAGGUUCUUCAUCGGGCUUGCCAACAGUUAGCCCGCCAUAUCCAUUACCGAACACCACUUCCGGAGGCAUCACUAGAAGUACCGGAGUUUCCUCUGGUCUUCCUACGAGCAGUCCACCGUUCCCACUGUCCAAUGUUACAUACUCAGCUGUUAGCGGCAGUACUGGCGCGACGUCAGCCCUUUCGUCCACACCUCCUUUGUACCCAUUGCCGAAUGUAACAUACACUGUCCCAGGCAGUCUGACAGGUACCAGUCCUUCACCUGGUCUUCCGACGACAAGCACUCCCUAUCCAUUGACGAAUGUCACUUCAACAAUUACGGCUGGCUCUGGUACAGGAUUGUCCACGGGCACAUCCUCCACUGCACCGUACCCUUUUGGGAAUACAACCAGCACCACGACAGCUGAACCUUUUGGGACGGGAGUCUUGCCUAGCUCUUCGGCACCAGUCACAGGAAGUGUCAUUCCCAGUUCUGGAACUGGUCUUCCGACCACCAGCAUCCCUGGAACAUCACAACCCUCGGCCCCGUAUCCUCUUCCAAACUCAACCUCGCUCACUGGGCCUACGGGGUCAUGGGGCCCUCCAGGUACAGGCAGCACGUCAGGGACAGGUCCAGCGACAUCUGUGCCGGGCCUUCCAUCGACUUCAGUUCCGUACCCCUUCCCGAACACAACCCUUCCUGGAGUUCAGUCUGGGCCCUCAAGCGCUUUGGGCACAAUCACUACUGAGAGCGGUAGCCUAGGGACCGUUUCGGUAUCGAGCAUUUCAGGAUCAUCGACUCCGCCAUAUCCAGCAGGAAACUCGACAAUACCCAUCAAUCCAACUGUCGUAUCAGGGACAAUUGUCACUGAGACUGGUGGUUCUGAGCCUGUGUCCACCAACAGUCUCUCAUCUAUUCCAUUCCCCUUCCCGAACUCAACAGAAACCUCUGGGCCCACGGCUAUUCCCCCACUUCCAGGUCCCUCGAGCAGCUUCCCUCCUCUUAACUCAUCUGGGACCGCGCCGUACUCCUCUCCGGGAACCAUUGGGACCGGAAUUUCCAGCUCUGCAUCUACCCUGCCAUCAAGCUCUGCACCUUACCCUUUGAUCAACACCACAACUACUGUCAUCAGCGGAACAACGGUGAUCACUGUCACGACUGGUACAGGCUCAGCCCCGCUAUUGUCUACUGGUGAAUCGACGACAGGCCCCAUCUUGUCCACUGGCAUAUCGUUGACAAGCAGUUCAACUCCAGGCACGGAAUCUUCAGCGCCAGUGAUAACUUCAUCUCCGGGUGCAACAUCUGGAAUCUCGACCCCAUCCUUGAGUAGCAUCACAUCUGCGCCAUUCCCCUAUCCGAACGUCACCAGUUCCACAGAUACCACCUGUUUGACCAAUUCCACGACGACACGCCAUCACCACUCAAAAUCGAAGCAUCAUCAUCACAAGACGAGGACACACUCCACUGUCUCUGGGGCCUUUUCAACGACGUGCAACGAGACGACUUUCAGAACACUGAUCUCUUCUCGCGUCUCUGGGACCGUGAUCUCCUCGUACUGGAAGAACGUCACCUCAACGAUUAGCCAAAGCCUUGGCACUGCACCAGUCAGAACUAGCUUCCGCACUGGUAUUUCGGAAACGUCUACCAGCGUCGAGUCAUCGAGCCAUGAAAGCUUCACCACCAUGCCGAUGGUUGUAUCGCCAGCUCCUGCACCAAUCUCAACUUCAGCGCCACCAAUCGCAGUCAUCACGCCUUUGAAGAAUGGCCAGGGCCCACUGGACCACCAUCACGGUGUCAAUGACACCGCGCCUUCACUGUUUCGCAACCCGAAGCCAUAA